AAAUAAACCUAAUCGAACUAGUGCAGACUCCGUCUUUUUUUCCCUCGCUUUUGCAUUCUUCUUACCCUUCCACCGCUGCAGCAGCCGCACUGCGGAUUCCCGCCGGCACGCUCCACCGUCGCUUCUCUUUCUCCUCUUAUUAUAUCACUUCUGCUGCAACCUCGCGCCGCCACGACAACCUCGUCUUCUUCUGCAGCCCGCAUUCUACCUGAAACAUACUCUAUUCGUUACUUCAAGCGCGCAGGAUCGAGAACGGCGCAAUCGAUUUAGUACUUUUAAACUCCGCCUUGGUGCUCAAACUAGUUUUCGAAGACGUUGUUAACUAGCUAAAUGGAGGAAGAACUAGGAAAUCCGGUUGCUGAAAGGAUUCUUCCUCCGACCGAACAGGAGGUAUUAAAUGAGGAAGACGUGAAGAUUAAAAAGUAUCUACGAGGAGAAGGUGCUAAUCUAGAGGUUCUGAAAGAUAAAAAGUUGAAGGGUCAACUUUCUGUCAUAGAAGAUUUAUAUGGGAAAUCUGCUAAAGCUGCUGCCAAGGUCGAGAAGUGGCUUAUGCCAAGUGAAGGAGGCUACUUGGAGGCUGAAGGAUUGGAGAAGACAUGGAGAAUUAGACAAGAAACAAUUUCUCAAGAAGUAGAUAUCUUAAGUAGAAGAAAUCAACAUGAUAUUAUUUUACCAGCUCUUGGACCAUAUUCUCUCGACUAUACUUUAAACGGUAGAUACAUGGCCAUUGCCGGACGUAAGGGUCACCUGGCCCUUGUAGAUAUGAAGGACCUCAAUUUAAUUAAAGAGUUUCAGGUUAAGGAAACUGUUCGUGAUGUGGUCUUCUUGCACAAUGAGCUGUUCUUUGCUGCUGCGCAAAAAAAGUAUCCGUACAUUUAUAAUCGGGAUGGCACAGAGCUUCAUUGCCUUAAGGAGCAUGGAUCAGUCUUGAGGCUUCAAUUUCUGAAAAAUCACUUCCUUUUGGCAUCCAUAAACAAGUUUGGACAGCUUCACUAUCAAGAUGUAACAACAGGUAGCAUGGCCGGUGUCUUCCGUACCGGGUUAGGCCGUACCGAUGUAAUGCAGGUAAACCCGUUCAAUGGGGUUAUAGCAACUGGUCAUUCAGGUGGUUCAGUUGUGAUGUGGAAGCCUACAAGCUCUUCUCCUCUUGUAAAGAUGCUUUGUCAUCAAGGGCCUGUGUCAGCACUCGCAUUCCACCCGAAUGGCCAUCUCAUGGCUACAUCUGGUUGCGAGCGGAAAAUUAAGCUCUGGGACUUGAGGAAGUUUGAGGUGCUUCAGACCCUGCCUGGGCAUGCUAAGACAUUAGACUUCAGCCAGAAAGGGCUACUUGCUUGUGGCACAGGGUCGUAUGUACAGAUUCUGGGUGAUUUAGCUGGAUCUCAGAACUACACAAGGUAUAUGUCCCACUCAAUGGUGAAGGGCUACCAAAUAGGAAAGAUACUGUUUAGACCUUAUGAAGAUGUUUUAGGCAUAGGUCACUCAAUGGGUUGGUCUAGCAUCCUCAUUCCAGGAUCCGGUGAACCCAACUUCGAUACUUGGGUAGCAAACCCCUUCGAGACAUCGAAACAGCGUAGAGAAAAGGAGGUUCGAUCUCUUCUCGAUAAGCUUCCUCCCGAGACAAUUUCUCUCAACCCCUCGAAAAUUGGUACGGUUAUGACCGUAAAGAAGAAAGAAAAGAAGACAAAGAAGGAAAGAGAAGCUGAAGAGGAGUCUGCAAUUGAUGCUGCAAAGAGCAUCACCAUGAAGAAGAAAACAAAGGGAAGGAAUAAGCCAACCAAGAGAGAAAAGAAGAAACGCGAAAUUAUCGACAAGUCCAAAAAGCCUUUCCUUCAAGAACAGAUCAAGGAAGAAGAAGAGUUGUCUCGAAAGAGACCGAGGUCGGGCGACGAUGUCGAACUUCCCAAGUCCUUACAGAGAUUCGCUCGUAAGAAAACUGCAACUUGAUCAUAACUUUUACAUUCAUCAUAGUUUUGUAGUCUAUCUAAUCUAUAGAUUAUUAUUAUUGAGCAUUGUUGUUCAUAAAUUUUGUUUGUUUCAUUAAGAAAAACAAAAAAAAGUGGGCAAGAAGGUUUGAUUUCCUUUGUAGUGUUUGCUUGCUUCAAUCACACAAGCAUGCACAUUAAUUUAGUGUUGCUGGAUAUCUUUAUUUCCAAUUUGGAUCAGAAUCAGAUAAUAUUUGCCUUNUUU